UAAAUUUUGAGUUCUAAAUCUGAUCCUCCCUCCUUUCCUUCCCUCCCCUCUCCCUCAGACAUCAAGCAACCUGAUACAGAUUUUACAUUACAUUUUUUUUUUUAGUAAUACAUCAAGAAAUUAAAAUUAGGCACUACAUUGUAAUGUGGUUUAGGUUGCAUUUGGGAAGUGUUGUGGGUCCAAAUAUCAGUACAGUACUUAUCAUUUCUGCUCCACAACAUGACUGUAAUCAUUUAGUGUUAGCCUCUUUGGUUAAAACAUUAAUUGCUGAUAAAAGCUAGGAUGAAACUAGAGUUUCUGGCUUUCUAAAUCAGCCUAUAUGGCACACUCUUUAGGGUUAUCAACACUGCAAAGUAGCCUAAAAGUUCACUGAGAAAGAUGCCCCUGAUCCAGAGACCUAUAUUAAUUUUUUUCUCAAAUAAUUAUCUAUUUUCCCUCUUUCCCACCUUUCAUCCCUGACUCCCCCAACUUAGAAAACAAGAAAAGCCAAAACAAAUUCUCGAAUCGUCCAGGUCCAACAUAAUUGUUUCUGUCUGGGCUGAGUCCAUGACUCUGUCAGGUGAGUAGCACCAAGCUCUCCAAUGUAAGUGGGUGCCACAAGUCCACAAAUUACGUUACCAAAACAUAAACUGAGCGCUUGUGAAAUAUUUCCACCUGCCCUGCAAUCCCUCCUCAGUUCAAUCUAAUGUGAAUUUGUGCUAAGGCAACGACGUUACAAAGCAAAAAUGACUUUCUCUUUUUAACUUUAGGCAUUAUUUUGCCAUUAUUCUCCCCUAAAUGUCGAAGUCGGCCUCAAUUUAUCUGGAAUUAUUUCCUCAGUAGAACUAGUAUUUUCUUACUGGUAAAACCCCCAGUUUUUAGAACACACUUAAAGCAGGGCCUGCCUGUGGGCGCACUUUAUAAGGGAUAAAGCUUCGUUCUCCAGAUCGCAGUUAGAAGAUGGAUCACUUAGAUCUGAGAGCUUGGGAUGCUCUGGUCAUCCCUGACUUCCUAAGACAGACGGGCUCGGAGGAGGCGGCUUGAGGUCGCCCAGCUUCCCAGCACCGCCUGGGCUCGUGUCUGCAGGGAGCAGGUGGGUGAGUCAGUGCAGGGCCAGGCCGGGUAGCAGGUUUACUCAGACAGCCUGCAUGACCGCCUCGGCAUUUACAGUAUUUCCAUUUCUGCCCGCUGCGGGAAACCUUCCCUUCGGGACACGGGCCCUGAGCUCUGCCCUUGACACACGCCGUGACCUUGGGCUAAGCCUUCCCGAAAGGAGAACGGGUCCCGCCUUCAUCCACGUACGCCCUGUGGGUAGAAGGCUGCAAUAGUGCCUGAUACAGAUACAGAUAGUCAAAGCAGUCCCGGAAUCCGGGGACUUGCGGACAUCUGGUACUCAACAGCCAGUUUCUCUAAUCCAGGAGCUGGCGAGAAACAGGGCAACCAGACAGUAGAAUUGCAGUCAUGCUAGAAGACAAAGGUCCAAGAGUGAUUGACUACUUUGUAGUGGCAGGCUUAACUGAUACGUCUACCCUUUUGGAUCAAGAAUUAAACCGUUCAGACACAAAAUCAACUGGUCCCAAAGCUCCAAUUACAGACAUUGCUGUCAUUAUCAAGUCAGCAGGGGAAACAGUUCCCGAAGGUUUUACCUGUGUGGAAGCUACUCCAUCAGCUCUCCAAGCAAAUUUAAACUAUGGAAGCUUGAAAAGUCCAGAGCUUUUCCUGUGCUAUAAGAGGGGAAGAGACAAACCACCUCUCACAGACAUUGGAGUAUUAUAUGAAGGGAAAGAACGUCUUAUUUCAGGUUGUGAAGUGAUCCAAGCCACACCCUAUGGUCGCUGUGCCAAUGUCAACAAUAGUUCAACUACUUCACAAAGAAUCUUUAUCACUUAUCGAAGGGCUCCUCCAGUUCGACCUCAGAAUUCCUUGGCUGUAACAGAUAUCUGUGUUAUUGUAACUAGUAAAGGAGAAACUCCUCCUCAUACAUUCUGCAAAGUUGACAAGAAUUUAAACUGUGGAAUGUGGGGUUCCAGUGUGUAUCUGUGUUACAAGAAGUCUGUACCUGCUUCUAAUUCAAUAGCAUAUAAAGCUGGAUUAAUUUUUAGAUAUCCUGAAGAAGACUAUGAAUCUUUUCCACUCUCAGAAUCUGUACCUCUUUUCUGCCUUCCUAUGGGAGCUACUAUUGAAUGCUGGGAUCCCCAAACCAAAUACCCACUUCCAAUUUUUUCAACUUUUGUUCUGACAGCUUCUUCUGCAGAAAAGGUCUAUGGGGCUGCUAUCCAGUUCUAUGAGCCAUAUUCUCGGGAGCUACUAACAGAAAAGCAGCUUAUGCAACUGGGUCUUUUGACGCCUGUAGAAAGAAGAGUGGUCCCCAAAUCCAUCAAUUCAAACAAAUGCAUUUGUUUACUUUCACAUUGGCCUUUCUUUGAAGCUUUUAGAAAAUUUCUUAUGUUUAUUUACAAACUUUCAGUUUCCGGACCUCAUCCUCUUCCUAUUGAAAAGCACAUCUCACAUUUCAUGCAAAAUAUCCCUUUCCCAUCACCACAAAGACCAAGAAUUCUUGUUCAGCUAUCAGUCCAUGAUGCAUUAAUAUUGUCCCAGCCGGUUUUUACACCUUUACCACUAAGUGGAGCCGACUUCAGUACCUUGUUGAUGAAUCUGGGUCCUGAAAAUUGUGCAACUUUGCUACUUUUUGUUCUGCUUGAAAGUAAGAUCCUGCUGCAUUCUCUUAGACCAGCUGUGUUGACAGGUGUGGCAGAAGCUGUUGUUGCUAUGAUCUUUCCAUUUCAGUGGCAAUGUCCGUAUAUCCCCCUUUGUCCUCUCUCUUUGGCAGCAGUGCUCAGUGCUCCCUUACCAUUUAUAGUUGGAGUUGACUCAAGAUACUUUGAUCUUUAUGAUCCACCACAGGAUGUUGUUUGCAUUGACUUGGAUACAAAUAUGGUUUAUGUAUCAGAUGAAAAGAAGAACAUGAACUGGAAGCAGCUUCCCAAAAAGCCUUGUAAAAAUUUACUUAGUACUUUAAAGAAAUUAUAUCCCCAACUGUCUUCAGUUCACAGAAAAACACAAGAGUGCUCAGCAGUGGAGAUGACCCCAAUUGAAGCAGAUUUCUCCUGGCAAAAAAAAAUGACUGAACUUGAGAUGGAAAUUCAAGAGGCAUUUUUACGCUUUAUGGCUUCUGUUUUAAAGGGAUAUAGGACAUACCUCAAACCAAUCACAGAGGCUCCUUCAAAUAAAGCUACAGCUGCAGAUUCAUUAUUUGACCGACAAGGAUUUUUAAAAAGCCGAGAUCGUGCAUAUAUGAAAUUCUACACUCUCUUAACUAAAACCCAGAUAUUUAUACGUUUCAUUGAAGAGUGCAGCUUUGUAAGUGAUAAAGACACAGGAUUAGCAUUUUUUGAUGACUGCAUAGAAAAGCUAUUUCCUGAUAAAGGCACUGAAAAAACAGAUAAGGUUGAUUUAGACUCAGCAGAAGAUACCAGAUUGAUAGAGCUAGAUGAUUCCCAAAAGAGUGAACAUACAGUAUUAAUAAUGCCACCAGAACCACCUCCUAAUGAUGGACAAGACCUGCUGCCUAAAUAUAGCUACAAAUACUUUCCAAGACUGGACCUUAAGCUUUUUGAUAGACCACAGGCAUUGAAAAUUCCUUUCAACAGACAUCCUGCAGGAAACAACAUUUCAAAUAGUCCAGCCCUCAUGGCUAAAAGGACUAAACAGGAGAUAAAAACGGCUCAUAAAUUGGCCAAGAGAUAUUAUACAAACCCACCACAGUGGGCUAAAUGCCUAUUCAGUCAUUGUUACAGUUUAUGGUUCAUUUGUUUGCCGGCUUACGUUAGAGUUUCUCAUCCUAAGGUUAGAGCAUUGCAGCAAGCAUAUGAUGUACUUAUUAAGAUGAGGAAAUUAGAUGUGGAUCCUCUGGAUGAGGUGUGUUAUCGUGUUGUAAUGCAACUCUGCGGACUUUGGGGUCAUCCUGUUUUAGCAGUUCGAGUCUUAUUUGAAAUGAAAAUUGCUAAAAUACAACCAAAUGCUAUUACCUAUGGUUAUUACAAUAAGGUAGUUUUGGAGAGCCCAUGGCCUAGCAGUAAUCGCAGUGGUAUCUUCUUAUGGACGAAGGUACGGAACGUGGUGUGUGGCAUAGCACAGUUUAGGCAGCCCCUUAAAAAGGCCACACAGAUAUCAGCUCCUCGGAAUCCCACAGGUGGAAGUGAUGGGGACACGGUGAGCCAUGGUAGCGUGGAUAGUUCUAAUGAUGCUAACAAUGGGGAGCACACACUCUUCGUCAGAGAUUUAAUCAGGCUUGAUUCCAUUGAUAAUCACUCUAGCACAGGUGGUCAGUCUGAUCAAGGGUAUGGGUCAAAGGAUGAACUCAUAAAGGAUGAUACAGAAAGUCUUCAUGUACCCAAAGCUCAAGUUGAGGAAGAAUUGUUAGCUAACGCAAAAGCCCAGAUAGACAAAGCUUCUGAUGUCCCUGCUUUUGUGGAAAAGGUACAGCAGCUGAGUCCAGAGCCCUUUAAUCCUACAGAAACACCCACAUGGGGAAGCAGCAUUGUGAAAGUCCCCUCUGGUAUUUUUGAUAUUAGCAGCCGGAAGAGCAGCACUGGUAGUACAUCAAAUAUGUUAUUUUCUGCUCAGGAUUUGGUUGAAGAUACAGUGUUCACUGAGGUGUCUAAUCUGAAAAUUAGUGACAAAGGAGAGAAAAGACAAAAACAUUUUUCAGAAAGGAGUUGUAGUUUUAGCUCUGAAAGUCGAGCAGGAAUGUUGCUGAAGAAGAGCAGUUUGGACUCAAAUUCUAGUGAAAUGGCAAUGAUGAUGGGAGCAGAUGCCAAGAUCCUUACUGCAGCAUUGUCCUAUAAUAAGACAUCACCAUUUCAUGUUCAAAAAGACCAGAGCUUAGACAGUGUGGGUGGCCCACUGGUGGACAUGAGGACUUCUGUGUGUGCAGGGGCUUGGGGGUCUGCUGCAGGCCUGGGAAUGCUGGAAGAAGGGCAAGAACAGCCAGACACUGUUGGUGAUGAAGGUAUAGCUGUGGUCACGAUGGCAGAGAAUAAACUUUCAGAACCACAGAAUGAAAAUCAGUCCAAAGACCUAAAAACAGAAUCCAAAGAUAUAAUAAAUAAAAGAAAUAGUUCUUAUGGUGGAGCCAAACCAAUUGAAAGGGAAGAUGUUGAGACUGGGUUAGAUCCUCUGUCUCUGUUAGCUACUGAGUGUAUAGAAGGGAAGUAUUCUGACUCUGAAGAGAAGACAUUGUCUCCAGUUGUGGCACGUAAUCUAGCAGACGAGAUAGAAAGCUACAUGAACUUGAAAAGUCCUUUGGGAAGCAAGUCUUCCAGCAUGGAAUUGCACAAACGAGAAAACAGAGGAUCUACAGAAUGUAUGUCUGGUGUGUUCACUCCGUCUUUAGAGCGAAGGUCUAGCCUGCCCUUGGAUCACAGUCCUCCAACCCAAGAAAAAACUGAGAAGCCCAAGAACCCUCCUGCAGUAUCCAGGUCAAAAACUUUUAUGGGACACUCUAAACAGCAGACUCCUUCACGAACACCUAAAGAGCGUUCUACAUCCUUGUCUGCACUUGUACGUUCUUCACAGCAUGGAUCAUUAGGUUCUGUAGUCACUUCUUUGUCAGGAAUAAAGCUGGAUAAUAUUUUGUCUGGACCCAAGAUAGAUGUUCUGAAGUCUGGUAUGAAACAAGCGGCUACAGUAGCCAGUAAGAUGUGGGGAGCUGUGGCCUCUGCUUAUAAUUAUUCAGAUGAUGAGGAAGAACCCAGUAGAGAUUAUAGCUUUCCUGCUGGUUUAGAAGAACAUAUUUUGGGAGAUGAUCUAGCAACAAAAAUGUGUGUCCCGGGGCUAAUCACCAGUGAACUCACACAGAGCAAUACAAGCCUUGGCAGUAGCAGCAGCAGUGGGGACGUAGGGAAAUUGUCCUAUCCAACAGGUGAAAUCCCAUUUGCAAGAGGCAUAAAGGGUCAGGACUUUGAAAAGUCAGAACAUGGAUCUUCUCAAAAUACCAGCAUGUCCAGCAUCUACCAAAACUGUGCGAUGGAGGUCUUGAUGUCAAGUUGUUCUCAGUGUAGAGCUUGUGGUGCUUUGGUAUAUGAUGAAGAAAUUAUGGCUGGAUGGGCUGCAGAUGACUCAAAUUUGAAUACUACCUGUCCAUUCUGUAAAAGCAACUUCUUACCCCUCCUUAAUGUGGAAUUUAAAGAUUUACGAGGCUCUGCAAGUUUUCUUCUGAAGCCAAGCACCUCUGGCGACAGUCUACAAAGUGGAAACAUUCCAUUAGUGACGGAUCCCCCAGAACACAAACCUGUGCCUAGUCCAGCAGAACCUGACCUGAUGACCUUUAUGGAUUUCCCAAAGCACAGCCAGAUUAUAACUGAAGGAAUAAUUUCUGCAACUGAAACAAGUGUUGAGCCAAAGGAAGAAAGUGGAGACUUCCCAAGUGUGAAAACUUCAUCUGUAACUAAUAAUUUUUCAAGUCGAGGAGUAUCUUUGACUCGAAGCCACAGUGUUGGAGGCCCUUUGCAAAAUAUUGAUUUUUCUCAGAGACCUUUCCAUGGCAUUUCAACAGUUAGUCUACCAAACAGUUUACAGGAAGUUGUGGAUCCUUUAAGGAAGAGACCCAACCCUUCUCCUGUUUCAGUUCCCUACUUGAGUCCUUUAGUGCUUCGAAAAGAACUUGAAUCUCUGUUGGAGAAUGAGGGAGAUCAAGUGAUUCACACAUCUUCAUUCAUCAAUCAACAUCCAAUCAUUUUCUGGAAUCUGGUUUGGUAUUUCAGACGUUUGGACCUUCCAAGCAAUUUACCAGGACUUAUCCUCACAUCUGAACACUGUAAUAAAGGAGUACAGCUUCCCCUCUCAUCUCUGUCCCAGGACAGCAAGCUAGUAUAUAUUCAGCUAUUAUGGGACAAUAUCAACCUUCAUCAGGAACCUGGGGAGCCCCUGUACGUUUCUUGGAGGAAUCUCAACUCUGAGAAGAAGUCAUCCUCCGUGUCAGAAGACCAGCAGACCACAAGCACUUUAGUAGAGAACAUCAGGCAAAGCAUUCAGCAUAAUGAUGUUCUUAAACCUAUCAACCUUCUUUUGCAAAAAGUGAAGCCAAAUGUAAAACGACAAAGGAGUUUGUACAGGGAAAUCCUUUUCUUGUCCUUGGUGUCUCUUGGGAGAGAAAAUAUUGAUAUUGAGGCUUUUGACAACGAAUAUGAGCUUGCGUAUAAAAAUCUAUCCUCAGAGGUUCUGGGAAAGAUGCAGAGAAUUGAUGCUCCUCCAAGUCUCAGUGUGGAGUGGUGCAGGAAAUGUUUUGGAGCGCCUCUCAUUUAAAUGUAGGGCCUCCUUUCAGCUUUCACAGCCCUCGUCCAUCCUGGAAAACAAGCCGCGUCCUCCUGGAAGCAUGCAGGUUGUGAUUUAGGUGCCUGAGAACUGGCGAAAACCCUGUCAAUACAUGGUAGAAUCGGGAUGUUUCUGCUGACAAAAAAGUUCUCUGGGGCUUGGUUUGUUGUUGUUUUUCUUUCCGGAUCCAUGACUCUCUUAGAAAAAAAGAAUGAAGAGCCACGCAAACCGUGGACACGUUGUGGAUUCGUGUUGGGAAAAGUCCCAAGAGAAGCUAAAUAGCGGGAUUCUAGGAGCCUGUCCUAGAAGAAAGUGAAUUUAGUGUGUACAUACUUGUGUGUCUAUGUAGAUGUAUGCAUAAGCAGCCUAUAAAAUAAGUGUAUAUAUUUAUUAAAACUAUUAGAUUGCACAUUGCAAUACAACUUGCUGAAAGGGUCUCAUGACCAGUGAUUGUUGACUGCUCACAAACUGGGCUUAGUUACUAGUAAUCAAAAUAUUCUGAAACUCUGACAACUGCUCUGCCACUGGCUUUAUUUUAAAUUUAAUAUAUGCUUUCACUCUUUGUUGGUGCAUUCAUUUUUGAUGGAAUGUUCUCCUGAUGCCCAGGUCCCUUCCCUCUGUUCCUCCUUCCUUGGUACCAAGGUCCCUUAUUCUAAAGGUGGAAAUGGUUUUACAAGCUAAUUAGGUAGUUUAAGUGAAUUUGAAUCUAGAUUUCAUAAUGAUUUACAGAAUUAAUUGGAAUUUGAUCUUUUAAAAAAAGCGCAAAAACCUGCCCUUUGGCCUGCAUUCUUUUCCUUCAGGCCCACCUUGGUCACUUUUUUUAAACCUGUGGGAUACCUUGCACUGCAAAUGGAAGUUUAAUAUUUGUAAGGUUUGAAAGUUAGUACUUGUAGACUUGCACGCACAAUGUCCCAAGUGUGCACGUCUCUAUUUUUUAGGAGCUGGAUGAAUUAAGUCUAAAAGUUGAAGCUAUCGAGCUUCUAGUGAGUUGGUUUAAGACAAAUCAUGACCUCCCUGCCUCCCUUAGCAUUGCGCCAUGCCGUACAUGCCUUCUACUAAAGGCACACUUGGUUGAGUGUGCGCUUAGCUUCCUUCGUGGCGAUUGACUCUCCAGGAAGCACUGCAGAUGAAGAAAGCCGCUGCCUCCAGGGAGGCACUUGGAAUGAUGUGACUUCAAAGCACAACCCGCCUUUCCCUCUGUGUAUUCUGCUCAAAUGGCCUCCGAAUCAUGGUGCCGCUCUCCACCUCUGGAUUGACCAGCGUAGUACCAAGGCAGGACGUCGGCGUCGGGUCACCGUGGAGAACGCUCGGGCCAUGAUCCCCGCCCGCGGCAACUGAACAGGUGACGUGACUACAAAGUUUUGAUAGACAUUAUUUUUUUAAACUGCAUUUUGCACUAUUCAUGUAGAGGAUGUAUUUUUGCCAUUUAGCCUGGUUUCCUCUCAGUCAUUGAAGUUUGUAAUACUUAAAAGUCACACCUUCUGACCAAAAAAAAAGUCAUUUGAAAUUACUUGCUACGAGAUACUCUUUUGUACUCUUGGAUUUAAAGCCUUUGACACAGUAAAAUAGUAUUACGGAGAUGAAUAAAAUGGACAAAAUGCUCUUAAGCCUAUUCAUUGUGUUGUGUGUAGAGUUUUCAGUUAGAAAUAGGAUUAAGUUACUUGUCAUCUUUCACAAUUCACAUUUGUUUUCCCACUCCUCCAUUAAUUUUAAUGCGACUUGAGAUUCAUUUUUCCACACCCAUAUAUCAAAAAGCACUUCUGAUUGGGGAGGGGGGGACCUUACAAAAAUGUCCUUGAACUUAAUGUGUGGCUGUUACUUGGCUAGUAUUUUUUUUUAACUUAAAGAUCAACCAUUUCUAGGUAGCAAUACAAUUCAUCCUAAUUUUUAAUAACAAUUUACUGUGUUUACUUUGAGAUCACUGAAUGAUAAGUUGUCAUCUAAAGAGAGUAUGAGCACUAGUUUUUUUUAAUUUACAUGAUAAGCAAACCUACUGCUGCUUUCUUCCUUGAGCCCCUAAUUUUGAAUUCCAAGUCCAUCAGUUUGCUUGACUCUGCUGAUCUGCCUUUUACAUUUUUUUUGAGGCUUUGUGUCAGUACACAGAGAGAGAAAGACACUGCCAGUUCGUCCUUGAUGUUCUGAGUCACCCCUGCAGACUUUGUGUUGAAAAAAAAUUAAAAGACUUAUUUUCCCCUCAACCUAAAGUUAACCCUCUGAGCAAUAGUUUGUAGGGUUUGUUUUGUUGUGUUGUGUUGUGUUUUUAUUUGACUGCCAGAACUAGAUAAAGACACUGUAUGAAAUGAAGUCUUGAAGACUACUGAAAGUAAUUUUUCAAAUUAGUGUCUGGAUUGUUGAGCAAUGCAACAUUUUUGUUGUUUCUUUGCAUUAUUAUAAAGUAGUGAAGUGAUCACUGCUAGAACUGUAGAACUCUAAUAGUUCUUCCUAGUUAGGUCAUUUAUCUUCAUAACUCUAUCGAAAAAAGACGCUCGUGUUAGUUAUUUGGCUCAUGCAGACAAACUUGAUUUUUUAGUAUGGAAAUAAUAAAUCCUGAUCCGAGUGACUGACUUAACCCAAACCUUCCAUUAUCCUAUUGCUGUUUUUCUGUGGCUUCCGUUUUAAUAUAGAAAUAUUUCAGCACAGAAUAAUAAAAAGCAUAGAAUUGAAGUUGGCCCAAGGAUGACGAAACAAGCCACAAGAAGAACCCGUUAGGUGAGAUUUUCUUCAUCUAGAAAGAUCCAUUUAAUAGAUGACUUUCCGGGCAAAAGGCUUGACAUUAUGAGAUGUUCUUUGAUCCCAUAGCUUAGAGCAGUUGCCAUUGAAUAUUGCAUUUGAUAUCAUCAAACUACUUCAGAUUAUCAAGUUGUCACCACUGAAUUCUCUAAUUGACGAGGGGCGCUCCGUCGUUAUCUAAGUCUAGAGAUGGUGAUGGGACUCCGAUUCAUCAGCCUCUCCUCGGAGGUGCACGCGGGUUCUUAGGCCGUGGAAUUAAGUCAGAUGGAUACGUUUUGUUAUAUUUAUUGAGGACCUCAUUAUUUUAGUGGAAAAGUCCUGCAGGCAGCCUGGCCCAGUGGGAAUAGGCUGGCCUCCGAGUAAGGAUCUGUAGGUUCAGAGCCUCACUCUGAGGCGGAUAGCCGAAUAACACGGGGCGCCUUUGUCCAUUUCCUCUAUAUAAAAUAGUCAUCCCUUCAGAGUGCAAUUCACAUGAUGGUUACUUUCAAGGUUGCAAAGUACUUUAUCAACAUUGGAGUGAAAAUCUUAUGAACCUUAAAACAAUAGAUUGAAAUUUGAAAAUAAUGUGUUAACUACCAUUUUCUUGGGCACUAAGGUUUAACUUUGAUACUUUCUCACAAGAACCCUUUCAGGUACAUUUAAGAAUCAUGCCCAUUUUACAGAUGGAAAAGAACUCUCAGAGAGGCUCCAGGGACGUGGUUGAUGGUAUUAAAGCUUGUUAAGUUUUGGAGCAGAGAUUUGGAUCUGGGUAUCCUGACCCUUAAUUCACACCACUCCAUGAUGAGCUGAAGGAAGCAAAACCGCAGCCACUAUUCAGAUGGAGAAGGAGUUGGUGUUUAGUUAGUGCUCCUCUCUCUGUGGGUUCCCAUCUUAAGGGACAAACUAGCUCCGACAGCCUGGUAGGUUUUCCUUUAGAAGUAUCUCUGUCGUCCCUUGAAUUAGAGGGAGGCUUUGACAACAUUGGAUCGCUACAUCCUUACAUUCCUAUCAGGUUUUUGAAAAGGAAAAUUAGUGAUAUUCUCCCAUUCAAAAGCAGUUUCAGGAUUGACAUCAACUAGACCUAUAUCCGUGGUGAGUACUAUUCAGCAGUGCCGUUGUUCUGGUGAGAGGCCUAGGCAGGGAAGCCAUAAAAAUGUCUUCUUUCCUCUUUUAUUAACUUUUCUUAGUGUGUGGUUCGGGUUCCAAAUCUUAACAGAAAAUUAUUACAGUAAUAAGAGCAACUUUAAAGCAUCGUAAUUUCCCGUAGUAUUCAAGCCAAAGAAGUGGUUUAGCUUUUGUAAUUUUUCUGUCUCCAAUGCAAGUUCAUGUCACAAGAGAAUUAUAGCAAUACGCUAUUUGUUAGGGAUGUUAUGUAACGUGAUAUUAUGUAGAUUGAUGUUUUUACUGUUUCAGUUCACUGCAAUAUGAAGUAUAUUGCAAAAAGGUGUGAUUAGGCAUGGCAUUCUUCUAGCCACCUCGUUUUAAGAAAUUCAUCUUAGGAUAUUUAUAUAUUCAGGUUACUUAAAAAACUUUAGUUACACUUUUUAAAAAUUAGCAAAUAAGCUCUUUCACUUAAUACCAAAAGUGCCUUUCAAAACAGUAAAUGCUGAAAUUGAAGUUGAGUACAAAACAAUUGUCAUUAACCUAUUUUGGUGCAUAUUUUAUAAGGCUAUAUAUACUGUUUGUUUCUGCAUCAUUCAGUGGGACAAAAAAAGGGAUUAUGUUUCCUAUUGAUACAAAGCAUUGAAGUCUUUUCUGGAAAUGAAUUGUUCCCGAAUAAGGAUGAAAUAAGAUGAAUAAAUAAUCAGUUUGACUGUUGGAAAGCUUUCUGCUACUGCAAUCAAUUUCUUGUUUUCCAAGGCUUUGUGAAUUGUUUGUUGCAUCAUAUUAACUAUGCUUUGAUUGACAAAUUUCUCAGAAGGGUGCUUUGUGUAUUUUGUAUAGAUCUCAAGACUACAAAGAAAAGCUUGUUAAUGGGUUUCUCAAAAUAAAGUUUAUAAAUUAUUUAUA